CCACCAUUUACUAUCGUUCGCAUUCCAUCAAUUCAUAAUGGAUAUCGUGCUGUUCGGUUAACACACCACCGCUGAAGCAACGACUACUGGGACGGGUGAGACAAUACUUUCUACCUGGGACGGGAAAAAUUCAAUCUUCAUGCCAUCAGAGUUUGUUACUGAGCAGCCAAACAAAACUCACAGAGGAAGAAGAAGAUGGCAACAUCAAUGACCUGGGGAACGCACGACCUGUACAAAUUUUGUAACUUAUUUUCCGAAUGCGAUUGCUUUUGAGAAUCGCAAGGACCACCGCUGAAGAAUCUGUGUAGUUCCAGCCGCGCCGACCAACCUGCACUACGUCCUCCUCUGUAGUGCUUUAUCGAAGAAAAUGGUUUACCAACCCGGCGACGAGAGUUCCAAGCCCCUUCCCAAAGCCGGUUUUCCCUGCUAUAACACGUUUCUGACCACCUGCUGCGUCCUCCCUUUCUCCGCGAUCUUCCUGCUCGUGGGGCUGCCGCUGCUUUACUUCCUCGCCUGGCUCUUCCUGGAUGUCCUCCUUAGCGGUUUGAUUGGCUUGGUCUUUUUCUUUCUGCAUUUCCUGUUUCUGCGUGCCUGCUGUCCUCCGAAAAGACCGACGGGAGAUCGAGAAGAUGUUGCAACAAGCGCUAGUAGUACAACCGACUACAAUUUGCCGCGAAAAAGCAAAACCGCCGAGAAUGAUGUGACGGGAACCACAGGUGGCGCUGUGGUGAUCGGAGCGCCGCAGAAAGCAGUGGCUGAUGUGAAGAACCGUGGUGGAGAAAAUGAAAAAACACUCCUGAGCGAAAAAGAUGACGAGCAGAACCAUGACCAGCAUCAAGCUGCGGAUGUACACACCAAAGCAGGAGCUCUUCGCAAUCCGCAGCUACCACCUAUCUCGCCAGAAAAUAAGAACAAGCACGAAGCCACUACUUCCGGAGACCAUGUGGACCACGCACAGCACACCCAAAAAUCCCCGCAAGAACCAGCUCGUAUCACGACGAGAAAACAGGUUUUGCAGGCGGCGGCAAUCCUAAGAGUCGGCUCUUCCCCUGCGUCGUCCAGCUCAGCACCUUCCCCAUCCAAAACCGCCACCACGUCUCGUGCCGUCUACUUUCACGAGACGGCCGACGGCACCCAGGAUGCGUACCUUCUAGAGCUGGCGACAGUCGAUCAGGUUUUACGUGCACUCGACAGUUCGCGAAAAUCCUGGUUGUGGAACUACUUGAAAGCGACAAAGACGCGGUUGGAAGCGAGCUUGUUGUACGGGAGUCUGGGCAUAGACAACGCCUGCUCCAGUACCUCGUCGAAGUAUUUGACCAAUCCGAACGCCUUGAAACUGAUGCGGAAAAGGAAACGAAAACUGUUUUUGGCACAGAGAACAAGUGGAGCUGGCGCUGGUGGCACGAACAAUAGUAAGCAGGAUCAUGAUGAAGAUCACCAUCGUGGUAAAAAUCCUCAGUCUCAGAACAAUGCUGGUGGUGCUCUUGCUGUUGGUAAAAAUGACGACAGGUCGACUGUGGCGGGAGACGAGCGUAACAGCAGUAAAGUGAAGCGAAACCGAAGUAAGAGCAAAGAAGACCAACCUGAAUCUCUUCCCUUCGAGCAAGAAUUUGACUUGGAGAAACUGUACCACUACCGCAUUCCCGAGCCUGUAGACAUUUUACUCUCCCAGCAGGACCGGCAGAACGGGUUCUACCACGUUUUGCUGCUCCGGCUGUUGUUCACGGCCUUGAAAACGUUACGACUAGAUCCGCUGUCCAGACUGAACGUCCGGCUCUACCGCUUCCUGACCGACAUGACGCUCCCUAGCUUUCUUUUCCCCUACUACAGCAAACUCCAGAAAUAUGGAGAGAAAAAAGUUUGUCACAGUCACCAAGUUGCAGGUUUUGCAUUACAAAUUUUUUUAGCAUCACAACUUCUCCUUGUAUUGCAGAAACACUAGGGAAAUCCCUUAUGAAGUGUGGCUGUGAUGCAUUUUUACGCAUGACAGACAAUUUUGUAUUGCAAAAAUGCCCAUGAGUGAUCGUGACGAACUUUUUUCUUUUGAUAAGAAAGCGUCUUUUUGGAUGGAGUGCGGGUUUGUGGAGUCCGCCCACCCGUGCGUCUAUGAAAGCCUCAGAAUGGAAAUCCUCAAAGUGGAAAUAAUUUGUGAUGCAUGAAAUGCAAGGCAAAAAAGACUGUAUUGCAGAGGACGCAAUGGAGACCGACUAUUGUCCUGCUAGGGGUUCAGAAUUGGGCUGCUGAUUAGCACGAGAGAAGGGCACCCCUUUGCCUACCUAGCAUGACAGACAUGCUUUGAGUGCCCGGAAAAUUUGUCAUGCGCCGACUAGAAAUGGCGAUUCAACGGGAGUCGUUUUCUUGCAUUACAAAAUAUUUCCACUUUGAGGAUUUCCAACCUGAGGCUUUCAUAGCGUCUCGGAUAACGGGAUUACGAGCAGUAUCGCGUUCGCGAAGAAACUCCAGUCGGGAUCCAUCGCUGAUACCAACGACGAUGAUAAUAUCAGGCAAUUACUGUCUCCAAGUACUGCUACUGGUACUGGCACUGGAUCCCCGACGGGAAGAGCUGCAACUGGUAAUAAAGGUACUACUACAAAGUCAAAGCCUCCUAUCAGUACAACGACAACAACCUCCGUCGCCGAAGCCCACGUCCGGCACUACUGGCUCUGGUCGAAAGAAGAAGCGGAAAAGAAAAACUUCGAUAAGAAAAAAGUCUACUCAAAUCUCGAACUCGGAAAACUCGUGAUCCCCGACCCCGCGCGGCAGAAGGUUUUUCUCUACUUUCACGGCGGCGCGUUCGUGUUUUGCGACGCGGACAGCGCGAACACCGCGCUGCUGGCCUGGUUGGUCCGCAAUUGCGGCAGUGAUUUUGUGGCGCUCCUGGCGAAUUUCAGAAGACCGCCGGAUUUCGAUGUGGAGUGUGCGGUGGAAGAUGGGCUGCAGGUCUACAGGUUUCUGGUCGAGGAUAUCAAAUGUAAAAACGCCCCCACCCCAGAGUUGUCAUGCAGAUUUGCCAUGACAGGAACGUUUGUGAUGCGCAACCCCAUUACAGGCGUUUUCAAUCGUGUUUGGGAACUUGUAAUGCUGUAAACAGGAUCAGAAGGUCGAUUUGUCAUGCGGCUUUCCUUGCUAACUUGCACUACCUUACGGACUGAAACUUGUCAUGCGUGACUCCUAAAACUCCUAGGUUUGUGUUGCAAAAUCCCCAUCUUGACUCUGGUGUGGGGACGUUUUUAAUCAGGAUAGAGGAGUUAUCUGUGCCCUGCGAAAACAUCAUUUUGGUCGGAGAUUCCGCCGGCGGGCAGCUGUGCGUGCAGUUAUUGCUCAAGUUGGGAUUGUUGGAGCAGGACGAGAAGGAUUUCUUUUCGGAAGAUGAGGAUGACCAGAAAUCCCUCGAGUUCUGCUCUCCACGAGAGGAUCUGGUUGUACCAGAGGACGGCAUUCUCUUAGACGGUGACGGAGACGUCGGUGGUCUCAUUGACAUAGAGAACAGCGCGAACGAAAAUGCUUCUCCCAACAUCAACGCAACAAUCGCCCCGUUGACGCUUGUUCAGCAGUGCAAAGAUGAACCGGCGAGCACAAAAAUCGGUGCAGCUCCGAAGAUCAUGAUGAAAAAGCAGAACAACAAACUCGCCCUCCCGGGCAAAGCGAUUCUGUUCUCCCCCUGGGCCGACCAAAGUGCGAACGAAAAGAAAACGCCGAGUUUUGUGUCCAACCGGCAAACUGACAUGAUUCACCCGGAAACGGUGAAAAUGCUUGCUUCCGGGAUUGCCAGAAGUUGCAACAGGGCUUUCGAGGACCCAGUGCUGUCCAGUGUGUACGCGUUUCAGAACUUCUUGUCGGAUAGAAGACCACAAGAACGUCCCCCCGCUAGUAGUACUGCUACGACUGGUAGUACAAUUUCUUCGCCACAAGAUGAAGUCGGACGAAAAAAGCAGGUCGUUAAUAAGCCCAUCGAGAUCCUGAUCCAGUCCGGCGAAACGGAGGUGCUCCGGGACAUUCACGUCGAGUUAGCGCAGUUGAUGGCGAAGUGUGGGCUGAGCGUGGACUUGCAGAUCUACCACGAGAUGUGCCACGUCGGGCAGUUACUGUACACGGUGCACCCGAUGGGAAAGCUGGCGCUGAAAAACGCGAAGGAAUUUGUGUUGCGGGGGCACCAGUCAGGUGGGGCCAGUAGCCGCGAACCAGUUGCACAGCUAUCGGGGGAGCAGGAACACGAUCAAGAUGCCGAUCCCUCGAAUCGGACUGCAGAAUUCGUACUGCAACAGCAGCAAAAAGCUGCAAUCGAUGAAGACUACGAUUACCGCGCAGCGCUCCCUCCGGUGUCGCCAGUCGAGGACAGAGUUUGAGUCGAUAUCGAAUAGGACUGCUUCGUUUUCACAUCCUUUAGAGUUACGUGGAUUUUUUUAGAUAAGCAUAUGCAUGCAGUUUCUGUUUAUGAUUAUGUCUCCAAUUCCUUUUUCACAAUCCCAACCCGCAAACAAAUAACACCACGCAUGAGAAGUUUCAGUCAAUCGUGAGCGACUACGACACUGUAUGAUCUUCCACAGUACUAGUAGAUCUUCUGCACCACAACAACUGGAAGCAUAAGUAGUAGGAAAACUCAAGAAAAGCCUCUCCAAUCAUGUUGAUGAAACUACAACACAUUUCUGGGGUUUUAUUUCCGCCGUGUCUUUUCUGCCUGUAGACCAUAACAUUGUUUUUCAUGAUGAAAAAGCUUGGAGAGCAAGAAAACAAGCAUAAAGCAAAAGACGACCUUGUAAACUACUUUUGUUGAUGCACAUGUUGCCAGUACCAGUACAUACACGACCAAUUUGAAU